ACCCUGAGCCUUUUGUGUUGGCAGAAAGGAAAGAGUGGCGGCUGCUCCCUGAGCUGGGGUGAUGGUGGGGGUAUCUGAAGUCACAAAAGCAGGGCCGGGAGUCGGCGGGCUGGCGUGGGUGGAACGGAGUGCGGAGGCCGCGCGUGGGGCCAUGGGCUGCUGCCAAGGCAAGGACUUUCAGACUUCGGAUGAGCAGGCCAAGGAGGCCGGGUCAGAGGAAGUUCAGGAAGGUGGGACCGGAGACACACAAGGGUGCCCAGGGAGCCGGGAGUGCGGGAUGGACCACCCGGAGGUUGGACUGGGGAGGGUAGAGCUCAGCGGCCGCAUCCUCGCAGGCAAAGAAGGGGUCGAUGCAGACUCGGCGGAAAACCGGAAUCUCAGGUCGCACGAAAACCUGAUCACUGUUUUGUGGCGGCGGCUCUCCCUGUUCAGCCGUCGGGGCUCCUCGCGGUCAAACAAGAGGCAAUCAGUCCAGAAUCCAAAGCAGGCGUGUACGUUCCAGGAGUGCAACCGGGAGGGGAUCCAGGAGGAGCCGGAGAAGGGGUGACCCCAGCCCUGUUCUCAGUCCGCCCCAGCCUCCCUCCACAGAAUAAAGUUUCUAACUUGUACCUGCCUGAGAGCUUGUGCCUCCAAGGCUCGCUUUGCGCGUACA